AUGUAUUGGGUCCUAUUAUUUGUUUGUGUAUAUAUCAAAUUCAACAAGUACAAAUGUUAUCAAUCAAAAUUUUGACUUACAAAAUUAAAAAAACUCAUCUCUUCCGCUUGAAUAAUAUUUCACCGCUUUUGGUAAUUUCGAAAAUAAUUUACCGAAUUAAUUAUUAAAUUACUUAUUUAUAUUAUAUUAUAUUUAUUUUAUAUUUUAUAUUUUUAGUUUUGACUUUUAUGCAUAUUUUCUGUAAACUAUAAAGUAGUAAUCUUUUGUGAAAUAUUAUAUUUUUAUGUUAUUAUAUUAUUUUAAGUAUGAAAUAAAAACAUUAAAAAUUAAAAGGACCAUUUCAUAAAUACCUGCUAAUCAAUCUAGUAAUUAAAAAAUUUUCCUCUCAAUUUUUUUAUGUUUUUUUUUUGUUUUUGAAACACAACUUAUAUUAAUGUCAUUAAAAGAGUUAGGUGCCAGUCAUAAAGACCUCACCACCUGCAAGACCCUAUUUUGCUAAUAAAUCAGCAAUCAGUGUUCUUUACUCUAUAUAUCCAAUGAAAAGAAAUAACAUCAAACUCUUAUGUUAUACAGAGGUUUUUAAGUUAGGAGUUUGUAAAUAUUGUUCCAUUGAUAAUAGAAACGUAUGUGCAUAUUCAUUAUGUGUAAAACAAAUAGAAUGGGGACGUCCUGUCAUAGAUUUGAUCGUUAGAGAUCGUCAUAUUUUAUUUGAUUCGCACAUGUGAUCACUAAUCAAUCUAGCAAUUAAAAAAACAGAAAUUACUUAUAAUGACUCAAAUUAUAAAGGUAAUUACUAGAGUAACUCAUAAACUUUUGUAGUAAUUACAAAUGCAGGUUGCCACUUUGAUUGCGGUUUACGCCAACUGGGAGUCUGCAAAGUUUAGAGGCAUUGGAUGUGGAUGGGCUUGAGUGGAAAGGCUUGGCUCUACUUGUUUGAGAACAUGACCGCUUUCACAAUGAAGAAAGAUUAUAGAAAAGAAGAGAGAGAAGUAAAGUCUCAAUGGGCACUUGCUCAAAGGACACUUCACGGUUGGAAGUUACUCGCAGAGCAAGCCGAGAGAAGAGCUGAGAUAGCUAGGCUUAGGGAGCUGCAUGUGGAAUCAGUAGUGGGUCUAGUUACAAAGUCAUGCUUCUUUAUCAAAACUUUCGUAGAAUCUGAAUUGGAUUGGAAGCAGAGCUUGUUAUACAGGCUGGACUGUUCGAGCUCGAUAACUUCUGUAGCAAGAAACAGCUCCAUGCAAAUUCUUGAGCAGACAGCGCUUGUUGAAAUUCUUGUAGAUUACUAUGGUUUCUGAUAAUGUUCAUGAGAAGCAGUGAUUUAGUUUUUUUUUUUUUCUUUCCAGUCACUUAUGUUUUGUGUUUGGUCCAUUAGUAAACUUUCAAGAAAUGAAAAGGUUAAAUGUUUGGUAUGUACUCAAUGGAAUCUUGUUCUGUUCAGGUUAGUUUUGUGUGUUCUCUCUGUUUU